AUAGUAGGCUUUUCAUUAGAAGCCAUAGCCCUGUGAAAAUUAAGCCUGUCUAGCCGAUUCAGUCUGCCAAAUACUACAGACCGCAGUCGCAAAAAGUAUAAAAAAUCUUUUCUUUGGCUAACGAUUUUCGACUCAGAACAAAGGACAACUAACAAUAGAAAACUAGCACAUAAUGGGGCAGACACUGUCGAAGCCGGUGACCACCAAGAACACGGUUGAUUGUGAGAACAGUGUCUUCCGCGUGGGAUCCAGCAGCAUGCAGGGCUGGCGCACCGAAAUGGAGGACGCCGACACCAUCAUCCUCUCGCUGCCGGAGGACCCCACAGCGUCCUUCUUCGGGGUAUACGAUGGACAUGGCGGUGCUUCAGUGGCAAAAUUUGCCGGACUUCAUCUGCAUCAGUUCAUUACCAAGCGACGAGAGUACUUUGACAACGCCGUGGUGGGGGCCUUGAAGAGUGGGUUCCUUGAUUUUGACAAGGAGAUCAUGCAGAAUGGAUCCUGGCAGCAGCAGAUAGCCGGCUCCACUGCCGUGGUUGUGCUGAUCAAGGAGCAGCGUCUCUACUGUGCCAAUGCUGGGGACUCGCGGGCAAUUGCCAGCAUUGGGGGCAAGGUUCGCGCCCUUUCCUGGGACCACAAGCCACAAAACGAAGGGGAGAGAAGCCGCAUCCUGGCCGGCGGUGGUUUCAUCGAGCUCAAUCGCGUCAAUGGCACUCUGGCCCUCUCUCGGGCAUUUGGCGACUUCAUGUACAAGCGGAACAUUCACAUGCCACCGGAGCAGCAGAUCGUCACCGCCUAUCCCGAUGUGGAGGUGGCCGAGAUCACAGAGGACUGGGAGUUCGUGGUCCUCGCCUGCGAUGGCAUCUGGGAUGUGAUGUCCAAUCAGGAGGUGUGUGACUUUGUGCGAAAGCGCAUCGCCGCGGGCAUGACCCCGGAGUGCAUUUGCGAGGAGCUGCUGAACAGCUGUAUGGCCACCGACUUCAACAUUACCGGCCUUGGAGGCGACAACAUGACUGCCAUUCUGGUCUGCUUCCUACACAACAAGACGUUCGAGGAUCUGGUGGUUCGCUGCGGCGGCACCAAUCAGAGCCCCGCCGUAAUGGACUCUCCAAAAUCCUUAUUGGAUGACAUCUAAGCACCUUUGGACGCCAAAUUAGGAAUUAUGAAUUAUUUGUUAUUGUUUUUGGAGGCUUGGUAGCCGCACAGUUAUUAACGAUACACAAGUGAUACACACGAUCACACACGUAGAUCGAGUAUUUCGAUCCGCAGCCCACAGUCCACCCAUUUAUUUUAUUCCAAAUUUUGCAGGUG